AUGUGGAACCAAAAACCGAGUUUCAGGUUUGAGAUAGAAAACUUCUCCGAGAAAGAAAACGGCGUAGCUUCUCAUAUAUUCGUGAGUGGCGGAUGCGAAUGGUUUCUUAACGUCUGGCCGAAAGGGCAUCAUUUGAUUGGUGAUCACUUGGCUGUGUAUCUGUACGCAAAUCGAAACUCACUUGGAUGGAAAAGGACAGCUAGUUAUUACUACGUUGCUUUGAAUCAAUCCUACAAAGAGCUCUACAGAUCACCUGUUGAACUGAACAAAGUGUUUGGGGCUGAGAUUCCGGGCCGGGUUUUCAGGUUUCCCCAAAACUUUAAUUUUUCCAAGCCUCCCAAAGGUUGUCUGGAGAACGACAAACUCAUCAUUGAGUUAUACAUUAAAGUUGUCGAAUCUGUUGAUGGAGAUGUAUCAGAGAAGAAGGAGAUUGAGUGUAUCAACGGUUUUCACGUUUGUGCUUCUCAGAUUACACUAGUGAGGGAGAUAUUCGCAGAGCACCCAGACAUUGCACAACAUUUCAAACCAAAGAACCAAGUGGUGAAGACGGAAUACAUGAAUGUUCUCCUUGACCUCAUUACGACACUAAACAAGCCUCCACAUCGUAUCUCAGAGGCUGAAAUAAGCAGCGCUCACAGCGACUUGAGUGAGCUAACGGACGCUGGUUUCAAGCUAGAGUGGCUGAAGACAAAGAUUGAAGAGGUUUCCUUGAAGUGUAAGAAAUCAGAUGAUGCUAAUGGUUCUCGGGUUCAACAACUUGAGGAACGCAUCAAGAAUCUCGAGCUGAUGGAUUUGGGAAGCUUGAAUUCAAAGCUUGAAGAGAUUUCCUCGGAGAGGAAGAAGAAGGCCGAUGCUGAGGGGUCUCGGGUCCAACAACUUGAGGAAAGCGUCAAGAAUCUUGAGCUGAUGGUGUUAGAUCUCAAAGCGUUACUGGACAAUGAGAAAGCCAAAUAUUCUGACGCUGCGUUUUUGUUGGUUAAUGAGGUUGCUUGA